UGUACUUUAGUUUGGCACCCAAAAAAUCACCACUUUCAAAGUAAAAUGUUCUCCUCUGCACUUGCAUUUUUCUUAUGGCAGCCGAAUGAAUAUGUCAAGUUUUACAUGCUCAACUACUCAUUCACUGUGUCUUUCCUUCCAAAUUUUUUUUUCUAAAUCACUUAACUCAGCAGUUUUCUCAACCUAUCUCACCAUGUCAUUUUCUCUGUUCAAGGUGCUGCAUACAUGGAUUCAAAUAUUAAGGUAUUGGUGUGUGUCGAUCGAACAUGGGAUACUCUUGAAAAUUUCACUUCGAAGUACGAUACUGUCAUUCAUGUCCCUUCUUACUGCUCUCUGUGCUCGCUCAUUGACACUGUUAAAGCAGACAUUAGUAUGGAUUGGUCUCAAAUUGAUAUUCGUUUCUCCUACAUUGUUGCGAUGUGUCCACCGCCUAUCAUUAUAGCGGAUGAUUCUGAACUACUUUUUUAUUUGAAGUUGAAGUGCCACAAAAAUGAGAUGUCAUACCUCCCAUUAUGCAUCGAGUUUUUACCUAGUGCCAAAGCUAGUCCUCCCAGUGCUUUACCCAACCCCUCCUCAGCUCCUGAUUCAGUAUGUGAAAUGGCCAACACUCCACUUUCAAUGGCGUCGACUCCAAAGCAAACGUGGCAAACCAGCUCAAUCUGCAUUCCAAAUGAAAUCCCCAAUGGAAUGUCUGAACCCUCAAACGAUAAUGCCUUUCAUGGAGAUCAUGAGUUACAUAAUAAUGUUGUGUUGGAUGGAAUUUCGAAUAUUUCAAAACAUCCAUAUACUCAGGCCCCUCACUCGUCUCAUGCUGAUACUCCAUCUCUUAAAAAAUCUCUUAGCUUCAAUGACAACACAAAACGAACCAACCGAUGCAAACGUAAGAGAAUGCCGACUAAUGCAGUGGACGCAAUUUCACAUUAUCACCCAACCACUAUUCAAGUUGAUAGCAUUUACAAGUCUAAGGAAGACCUUUGCCACCAUCUCCAGAUGUUUGGCUCAUAUCAUUCCUGCCCUGUUGAUUUUCGGGAAGGAGAUCACAGACAAGCGACGUCAGCAUUCAUAGCUGACCUAGUCCGCCAUCGCUACGUGGAUGCUACAAGAAAACAGUACUCUCCUAAUGACAUACGGGACGACAUGCGGCGGGAGUUUGGCAUUGCAAUGUCAUAUAGGAAAGCACAGCUCGUGAAACAGAAGGCAUUGAACAAAUUGUAUGGAACCGAUGAAGAAUCAUACCAACAACUACCAUCCCUGUGCUAUAUGUUGGACACAACGAACCCUGGCUCUUCAAUCCACUUGGCUAGGUCUGAGGAUCACAUAUUCAAAUAUUUGUUCUUCUCUCUAGCCCCUUGGAGACAAGCAUGGGAUCACUGCGCUUCGGUUCUAGUCAUUGAUGGAACGUUCAUGAAAUCUUAUUACAAAGGAACAUUAUUAACCGCUUGCUGCCAGGAUGCUAUUAAACAACUUGUCCCCAUUGCCUUUGGAAUAUGUGAUGCAGAAGAUAAGGAAUCAUGGACGUGGUUUCUAACUCAGUUGAAAACCUCCUUGACGGCGAGACAUGAUCUUUAUAUCGUGUCUGACCGCCACGAAGGUAUCAUUCAUGCCAAUCAAAACGUAUUCCCCAACGCAGGACAUGGGUUCUGCACUGAACACAUUGCCCAAAACAUGUGUGUCAAAUUCAGAGGCCCUAAAGAAGACCUAACCUGGAUGUUCAGGAAAGCUUCACGUGCAACAACCGAGGUGGAGUGCGAGGAGUAUCUUCAAAUGCUGGACGAGCAAGACCAUCGCAUACGUGCAUACCUCUCAAAAAUUGGUCAAACAAGAUGGGCACGCUGUAAAAGUGGGCCACACCGGUUCUCCGUGAUGACUUCCCAUGCGGUUGAAUCAAUGAACAAUGUCAACAACUCCGCACGCGAAUACCCCAUUUCCAAGCUAGUCGAUUUUAUUCGUGAAAGGAUGCAGAAAUGGUUUCAUGAACGAUUUCAGGCAGCUUCGUCUACCACAACCAUUCUACCAAAGAAGCUUGAGUCGGAGUUAAUAUCACUACAACGUGAUGCAUUUAAGAUGAAGGUCAAGCCAGCCUGCCCAUACGAGUUCAAGAUUGUUGACAGGUGGACGCGAAGUUUUGUGGUCAACCUUAGAGACAAGACGUGUACAUGCGAUAAUUUUCAAUUGGAUCAAUUUAUCUGUGUGCACGCCGUAGCCGCAGUUGCAUCCCGUCCAGGAUUGUCAUGUUACAAUUUCAUCUCACCUUAUUACAAACGUGAAUCAUUGCUAGCCACCUACAGCGGUAUUGUGCACCCAUUAGGUGACAAGUCUUCGUGGGACAUCCCGUCCGGCGUCCAAUCAAUACCGUGCAGGCCCCCAUCAUGCAGCAAGCGCCCUCGUGGCAGGCCAAAGAAGCGAAGGCUACCGUCCAUUGGUGAAUUCCAUUAUGCAAACCGUCGGAAAAAACAGAAGUGCACCCGCUGCUUGAAGACAAGACACAAUAUGAAAACAUGCAAAAACCCAAUACCAGCGUGACAAUUCAUUAUUUUUUAAAUAAAUGACUGCGUUGCAAUCAAAUUACCUCCCAUAAAUAGUGGAAGACAUAACACAUCCUUUUUAAAUGUAAUUGGAUGGGGACACAGUGCUUGUUAGGUUUCAUUGUUUGAAUCGUUAACAACCUCACCUCUUAUGAUCUACACCUUAUUAAACCCUUUUUUUUAUGAUGUUGCAAUGUGUAAAGAAUAAUGUUUAUUAAUCUGU